GGAAGUGGGGGAGCCAACGGCCCGUGAGGCCAGUGCCCGUUCUAACCCCCGCGCCGCCCUGCGGGAUCAGCCCAGGAGACUACAGCCCCUUGGAGUCAGGACUGUCCCAUAGGAGACAAAGUCGGAAUUGGCGAAGGAAGCUCUCGAACGUGCCACUGGCAGGGACGCUGUCCUCACCUCCAGGAUGUACAGAACCAAAGUGGGCCUGAAGGACCGCCAGCAGCUGUACAAGCUCAUCAUCAGCCAGCUGCUCUAUGACGGCUACAUCAGCAUCGCCAACGGCCUCAUCAACGAGAUCAAGCCGCAGUCGGUCUGUGCACCCUCCGAGCAGCUCCUGCAUCUCAUCAAACUAGGAAUGGAAAAUGAUGAUACCGCCGUUCAGUAUGCGAUCGGCCGAUCAGACACAGUUGCCCCUGGCACAGGGAUCGACCUGGAGUUUGAUGCAGAUGUCCAGACCAUGUCCCCAGAGGCUUCCGAGUAUGAAACGUGCUAUGUCACAUCUCAUAAGGGACCGUGCCGCGUGGCUACCUAUAGUAGAGAUGGGCAGUUGAUCGCCACAGGCUCUGCCGACGCCUCCAUAAAGAUACUUGACACAGAAAGGAUGCUGGCCAAAAGUGCCAUGCCGAUAGAGGUCAUGAUGAAUGAGACUGCACAACAGAAUAUGGAAAACCACCCAGUGAUUCGAACUCUCUACGACCAUGUGGAUGAAGUCACGUGUCUCGCUUUCCACCCAACAGAACAGAUCCUGGCCUCUGGCUCGAGGGAUUAUACUCUGAAAUUGUUCGAUUAUUCCAAACCAUCUGCAAAAAGGGCCUUCAAAUAUAUUCAGGAAGCUGAGAUGUUGCGCUCCAUCUCUUUCCACCCUUCCGGAGACUUCAUCCUCGUCGGCACUCAGCACCCCACCCUCCGCCUGUAUGAUAUCAACACCUUCCAGUGCUUUGUGUCCUGCAAUCCUCAAGACCAGCACACCGACGCCAUAUGCUCUGUUAAUUACAAUCCUAGUGCCAAUAUGUAUGUGACUGGCAGCAAGGACGGCUGCAUCAAACUGUGGGAUGGAGUCUCUAAUCGAUGCAUCACGACUUUUGAGAAAGCACAUGAUGGGGCUGAAGUUUGUUCUGCCAUUUUUUCCAAAAAUUCUAAAUACAUCCUCUCAAGUGGAAAAGACUCUGUUGCUAAACUUUGGGAAAUAUCAACAGGACGCACGCUGGUCAGAUACACGGGUGCGGGGUUGAGUGGCCGGCAGGUGCACCGGACGCAGGCCGUGUUCAACCACACCGAGGACUACGUGUUGCUGCCCGAUGAAAGGACGAUCAGUCUCUGCUGCUGGGACUCGAGGACAGCCGAGCGGAGAAACCUGCUCUCCCUGGGGCACAACAACAUCGUGCGCUGCAUCGUGCACUCGCCCACCAACCCCGGCUUCAUGACGUGCAGCGACGACUUCAGAGCACGCUUUUGGUACAGGAGGUCGACCACCGACUGAGCGCUGUGGGCGUAGGGUUCUUCUCCCCCAAGGACUCCGCCCGCCCUCCCCGUGUCCUGUUUCCAGCUCCAGUAGUAAGGCGUUGUACCAUCUCUGGCGGUGUGCUGCCACCUCUGUCGACAGCCUUGGAUUUGCACAAGAGAAUCUUUUUUUACCUUGAUGUAUAAUCAUGGUGGAAAAAGCUGGAAACAGAUCCGUGCAGUUCUGCAUUCACUGAUUAUUACAGUGUGAUUUUCAUCGGCUUUGUACAUACAGGACUUGCUGUUUCUUUUGAAUAUCUCGAUCAUUUGAAGGAUAGAGAAUUAAAGUGCUUUCUAGAUCACAGUGAGUCUGUCAUCGAGAAUUUUCCUUUGGUCAGCCUUCCCGCCUGUGCUGCUCCUCUCUGUAUGUUUCCAGAUCCGUUUGGCAGAUGCGUAGGCAUUUAGCUGUGAGGAUCUGCAGCACUGCCACACUGAAACCAUUUUUGAGAAUCCUUCGAUUCUAUCCGGAAGUGACGUCAUUCUGCUAAUAAAGCUCAGAUCUGCAGUGUCAGUGUUUUAUAUUUUUCACUUCAGUAAAACUAAUGGCCAGCUUUCCCCAGGGCUUCUAGGAGCUGGCUCUCAUCAUACCUCCCACAUUAUUUCAGGACCUGCACCACUUUUCUUUAGUAUCUAGCUGGUAAAGAUCAUACCAGUUUGAUGGGAAAUAUCAAAAAUAUGUCUGAUCUAAUCAGAAUUAAGUGAGCCCCAAUUUUGCAGUUAGCUGUUGCUUCACAAAUGAUUAAUAGCUGUUGACUUUUUUAUAUAAUUUUCAGUCUUUUCCAUUCUCUUCAGAAUGAACUAACUUCUCAUUGGAUGUACUCCUGGUAAAUUCAUCUCAGAGGAUGUGUCUUAACCAUCUGAUAGAAAUUGUGUUAAGACUUUAGAAGGUGGUGAUAUUUCUCUGUAUCAGCUCUUAAGCUUGGUCAAAGGACCCUGAACACCCCAUCUUAAAAAUCUUGUUUUAUUUUUAUCCCAAAAACCAAAUACUUCAUGAUCUAGGUUAAGAGUUCCUAGAAAUAUAAUCUGGGAUCAUUUGAUAAAAACAGUAAAUAGAUUAAAGUAAAAGCGAUUCUUUAUGUUACAAGAACCUUCUUGAAGUUACUGCAUGAAAAUUCUGCUUCAGGUAUUAUCCUACAGGUCUCUGUUCUGAGCAUAUUAAGUCGCAAGAGUUUUAGUUCAGAUUUCCAAGGAGCUCUGUUUUGGUCCAUGGUGAGUGUAAACCUAGUUUUCCUUUGUAUCCUGACUCUUUGAUACUGGAACUUGGCCGUCUAUAGGUGCUAUUUUUCUAAGAUUAAAAGAAACCUGCUGAAUAGGAACAAGGCUAACCAUUUCUCCCAAAAACUUCCCAACCCAAACUUCCUACUUCUUUUUCUGACUCUUACUUUCAACCCAUGAAACUAAAGCAGAGCCUUAACAUUUCUGUAUUCUGCUUUGGCUCACGAACCAAAAUGACCACACUGCACUUCCGAUGUAAAUUCCAUUGGCUCUUCUCAGUUGUUUGUGAAUUAUAAUAAUGCCUACUUCUUUUAAGAAUAGGUUCAGUCAUGGACCUAUAGUUUCAGGACUGAUAGUCACAAGAUCAAGAUACUUUUGUGUGUUUCCAAAUUUUUUUUUUUCUUUUUUCCCUUUUGAAAGCCACUGUUAAUGUUUUUAGCUGGUUGUAAAUGGGAAUGUUACAUGGACUCAGUAGUAUGUGCACCUCAUUAACUACCCUGGCACUCCUGGUGCAUAAUAUCAGGUCAGGAUAAGAACAUGCACCUUCUGUGUUAUUUUUCAAAGGUGUGUGAUCUCUAAAAUAAACUCUGUAUAU